AUGAACUCUACCGGCCCAAGCCCCCGACCGCCAGGCCACCGGCACAAGCCCCCGACCGCCAGGCCACCGGCCCAAGCUCCCGACCGCCAGGCCUCCGGCACAUGCUCCCGACCGCCAGGCCACCGGCCCAAGCUCCUGACCGCCAGGCCCCCGGCCCAAGCCCCCGACCGCCAGGCCCCGGCCCAAGCCCCCGACCGCCAGGCCACCGGCCCAAGCCCCCGACCGCCAGGCCACCGGCACAAGCUCCCGACCGCCAGGCCACCGGCACAAGCCCCCGACCGCCAGGCCACCGGCCCAAGCUCCCGACCGCCAGGCCACCGGCACAUGCUCCCGACCGCCAGGCCACCGGCCCAAGCCCCUGACCGCCAGGCCCCCGGCCCAAGCCCCCGACCGCCAGGCCACCGGCCCAAGCCCCCGACCGCCAGGCCACCGGCCCAAGCCCCCGACCGCCAGGCCACCGGCCCAAGCCCCCGACCGCCAGGCCACCGGCACAAGCCCCCGACCGCCAGGCCACCGGCCCAGCUCCCGACCGCCAGGCCACCGGCCCAAGCUCCCGACCGCCAGGCCACUGGCCCAAGCUCCCGACCGCCAGGCCACCGGCCCGAGCCCCGACCGCCAGGCCACCGGCCCAAGCCCCCGACCGCCAGGCCACCGGCCCAAGCCCCCCGACCGCCAGGCCACCGGCCCAAGCCCCCGACCGCCAGGCCACCGGCCCAAGCCCCCGACCGCCAGGCCACCGGCACAAGCCCCCGACCGCCAGGCCACCGGCCCAAGCCCCCGACCGCCAGGCCACCGGCCCAAGCCCCCGACCGCCAGGCCACCGGCCCAAGCCCCCGACCGCCAGGCCACCGGCCCAAGCCCCCGACCGCCAGGCCACCGGCCCAAGCCCCCGACCGCCAGGCCACCGGCCCAAGCUCCCGACCGCCAGGCCACCGGCCCGAGCCCCCGACCGCCAGGCCACUGGCCCAAGCCCCCGACCGCCAGGCCACCGGCCCAAGCCCCCGACCGCCAGGCCACCGGCCCUCCAAGAGUACCCUUUUGGGGUUUCAGGGCCUCCCGGUGUCUUCGCACCCCGGUGCCCGCACCCCGGUGUCUUCGCACCCCGGUACCUUCGCACCCGGUGUCUUCGCACCCCGGCGCCUUCGCACCCCGGUGUCUUCGCACCCCGGUGUCUUCGCACCCCGGUAUCUUCGCACCCCGGUACCUUCGCACCCCUGUGUGUCUUCGCACCCCGGUGUCUUCGCACCCCGGUAUCUUCGCACCCCUGUGUGUCUUUGCACCCCGGUGUCUUCGCACCCCAGUAUCUUCGCACCCCAGUACCUUCGCACCCCUGUGUGUCUUUGCACCCCGGUGUCUUCGCACCCCGGUAUCUUCGCACACCAGUACCUUCGCACCCCUGUGUGUCUUUGCACCCCGGUGUCUUCGCACCCCGGUACCUUCGCACCCCGGUAUCUUCGCACCCCUGUGUGUCUUUGCACCCCGGUGUCUUCGCACCCCGGUAUCUUCGCACCCCAGUACCUUCGCACCCCUGUGUGUCUUUGCACCCCGGUGUCUUCGCACCCCGGUAUCUUCGCACCCCAGUACCUUCGCACCCCGGUGUCUUCGCACCCCGGUACCUUCGCACCCCGGUGUCUUCACACCCCGGUGUCUUUGCACCCCGGUAUCUUCGCACCCCUGUGUACCUUCGCACCCCGGUACCUUCGCACCCCUGUGUGUCUUCGCACCCCGGUGUCUUUGCACCGGUAUCUUCGCACCCCGGUACCUUCGCACCCCUGUGUGUCUUCGCACCCCGGCGCCUUCGCACCCCGGCGUCUUCGCACCCCGGUGUCUUUGCACCCCGGUAUCUAUGCACCCCCCAUCUCCAAUGAACUGAACGAGGUCUUCACCUGCUUUGAAGCAAGGGGGGCGGCCCUGCUCCCCCGGGCCUGUCUGGAGGAGGAUGUCAUGGCAACUGAGAGCUCGCUUGUCAUCAAUGAGGAAGUCGUAUGA